CAGGUGUCGGUGGCGAUAUCAUCGAGAUCAUCGCGCUCAGUUCGUGUUCAGCAACGUUCUAUCGCGUAUGACAGCUCGUUCUAACAUCUUCUGCACGAUAGACGUCUAAUGGCUCAUUCAGACUGAACGCGAUGAGCGAUGAGCGAUAAUCCAAUGGGCGUGCGGUCUUCAUAGGAAAAGAAUCGAUAGUGUCGAUUAACGAGUCCAAACAAUCGAUCGGUGACCUUAACCCGGUGAAGGCACGGUUCUACUUGAAAUUACAAACAUUUUCGUGCACAGUCGACGUUGUUCUAGGCGUCUCGCGGGCGCUAAAUUGUAAACAGCGCGUCUUCCAGCACGAGCCGGAGCUCGUAAUUUCGUUUAUAACGAUUGGAAGUGGAACUCGAUCACUGCAAUAUUGCAAGCGUUUCGGUUAUAUUGCGGUUUCGCCGUCGCGAAAAUUCGAGUACGUGAAAAUAAAAUAAAAGAGAGAAACGACAACACAGUGGAAACCGUAGCAAUGUGCGGCAAUUGUGCAGUGACGGCCGAUCGCGGACUGUAAACGCUACGCAAACAUUCAAGCGGCAAUCGAACGCGUGAUAUAUUUUUGCCUGUCGACUCUUCGAGCACUACUACAAUGAUAAUCUAAUUUCAAUUGAAUUAUGACUGUAAUUUUCUCGCGACACUCUACUUGGCAGCGAAACUGGAGCGUGAAACAGUUGUUUGUACCGCGAACGGAAAAGAGGAGCGUUUAUUUUGUCAAACAGCAAUAAACGUACCCACUUUAUCAGCACUUCGCUUAAUUUGCGAGAUUGUCCUCGAAGGACCGGUACGAACAUCGCAUUCGGGGUGAAAUUGCUUUCGGCGUAUGCAGGGAUUCAAUUAGAAACGCUGAGAGCGUAUGCGCGACUAUUAUCUUAUCCGCUUCGCAUUAGCUUCCUUCCAUUAUCCCGAAAGGAUUGUGCGAGAAGAAGGUGCGCGAGCGAGUGACCCACUAACAGCCAGCGAGAGAAGAUUUACUGACGGGUUAUCGAGGCCCGACGUUUCUUUGUUUGCGUGCGCGAUCCCGAGACGCGAUACGUCAGGAUGUGCAUACGCGAAGGUAUCGUCGCGAUGAGCCGAACCAACGUGUGACAUCCUCGCGAGGGCUCCGAGCAUGGGGACGUUGAGCCAGGACGAGAACGGUACGCCCGAUUUCUGGCGGGACUGGGACCUGAGCGACCUGACCGAGGCCGAGUACCUGAGCAAGGUGCUGGGGCCCAAGUACCUGCCACCCAGGCUGGUGAUACCGCUCACGAUCGCCUACGUGGUGAUCUUCAUCACCGGAGUCUUCGGCAAUGUCGCCACGUGCACGGUCAUCAUCAGGAACUCGUCCAUGCAGACCGCCACCAACUAUUACCUUUUUAGUCUGGCCAUAUCUGACCUAACUCUACUUAUAUUAGGUCUCCCCAAUGAGCUAAGCGUGUUCUGGCAGCAAUAUCCAUGGGCCCUGGGUACGGGGCUAUGCAAAAUUCGGGCGUAUGUGUCAGAAAUGUCGUCCUACGUGUCGGUCCUCACGAUCGUGGCUUUCUCCAUGGAAAGGUAUUUGGCCAUCUGUCAUCCGUUGCGCAUCUAUUCGAUCAGCGGUCUGAAAAGACCGACACGGUUUAUCCUUGCAGUUUGGUCGAUUGCAAUGGUCUCGGCCAUACCGUUCGCGAUUUAUACCAAGGUCAAUUUCGUCGAAUAUCCGCCAGGAUCGGGAAAUUAUUCGGCGGAUUCAGCGAUUUGCGCGAUGCUUCUGCCCGACAUGCCGAAAUUCCCCCUUUACGAGCUCAGCUGCAUCGUAUUCUUUCUGGUGCCGAUGCUCGUGAUCCUUGUGGUAUACACAAGGAUGGGAUUGAAGAUCAAACGGAGUACCAAAGAAACACUUGGGCCAAUACAAGGCUCCUACGUUCACGGCGAUCAUCGACAGGUUCAAUCCAGAAAAUCCGUCGUCAGGAUGCUAAGCGCCGUCGUUAUCAUGUUUUUCCUUUGCUGGGCGCCGUUUCACGCCCAGCGUCUGCUCUACAUCUACGCACAGGAUUCCGAUUAUUACCCGGACUUAAAUGAAUGGCUCUACAUCCUGAGUGGCUGUCUGUAUUACUUCAGCACCACCGUCAAUCCGAUACUCUACAAUUUGAUGAGCAUCAAAUACCGCCAGGCAUUCAAACAAACGAUAUGCUGCAGAACGAGACGACCGGCGAGCAAAAUUUUAAUGGCUAAGGAAUCUCAUUCACGCAGAUGCGAUUCCAUGAACGAGCCCCACGAUCGACGUAUUGUAUGCUCUGUUAGGCAUACGAUUAGUCAAGUCAAAGAGAUAUUUUGUUUUACGCCGAGUCGACAAGAAAGUAUCAAGGAUAGCAACAAAAAUAAUGGAAAUGCAAGCAAUUUUCCUCAAAAUGCUUACUCGUUACAAAAGGAAGAUUCAUCCUCGACGUUUCUCUUUGAACGAGGGCAUCUCCUCGCUCACCAGCAGCCUAGCAACGAAAGUACAACGUCCACGAAAAGAUCAGAAGAUACUGUUUCCGUAGCUAAAAGCAGUCUGUGAUCUAUUUUCAUUCGCCUUUAUUUAGCUACAGAUACAAUGCGCAUUGUCGCAUAUAAAACUAGACAGUCUGAAUUAUCGAUUAUAAAGCGCGAAACGGCUUUACUAUAUUGUAAAUAGAAUAGAUAGCCAGAAUUAUUUUUUUAUCGAUUAUAAUAGCGCGCCAAAAUUCGUUUUAUACUAUUUAUUCCAGAAUAAAGUUUUACACAUAUUA